ACAGCGCUUACCGGGAUCCCGUGUGCAUACGGUCUCUCACGAGGGCACAGAAUCUUCAGCAUUACAUGUCCAUGGUCAAGCAUCUCCCUCAGUCAAUAAAGCAGCUUCUGACGCUCCGCAAUCCCCAUCCAUUACCAAGUCCAUCGCUUACCCAGCUCCGUCGGGUUCUCACGAAGACUUUCUUGGAUGCGAGGAGCAGAAAAGCAGAGACCGGAUGGCUCGUUCUAACGGCUUGUGCUAUAUUGACAGCAAAUCGCCCUCCUGCUUUCGGCGAAUUGUACCGUUUCGCGACGCGUUCAGACAUUCAGGACAUCAAAUCAACUCGUACGACCCUUUUUGAAGCCGUGAAUAGAGCCGCUAUCAUUAGAGAAUCCGCCUUGAAAAGUACGAUCUUCGUAGGCGUUCCUCGCGUCAUUCUUUCGCUAGCGGCACUGAACGAGGCACUUGACGACGACGUAAGGACUGCCCUCAGGAAACAAUCCAGGAGAAUUUCUACUCCCGACAACAUCGAAUCAACUCUCGCGCGGGGUCAAGCGCUCUGGGAGUCAAUUUACACGCCUCAUGCCCAAAAACUCCAUGACAAACUUGGCUCUUAUCAUCCAGAUUUCAUCUCAUUCAUCAUAGAGAGCUAUGGGGCUGUUCUUUCCCCAUUACCCGGAAAGGAAAAGGCAUUCGCCGAUGCCAGCUCUACUGACGACCUCGAUCAAGGAAAUUUAAGCAGGGCACUCGGAUCGGUGGUUGGGAUUGCUUGCUUACGUGCAGAGGAACGUGUCGCUCCUCAAUUAACAAGUCACGUCUUCGGUCUUCUCAAGGCGCGAUAUACGGAGAACCAGAGUGAAGAAGACGCAUGGCUGGCAAGCGAUGAGGGGACAGAGUGGGUGGUAAGGACGGUAGAUGUAGUUCUAGAUGGCGUCAGGAUGGAUGGUCAGGCCAAACUUUGAAAACGAGGCAAGGUCUGCUGACAGAGGUGGCCCUGCGAGCGUACCUACAAACCGGAACAAGUUUUGCAUCGUGGCUAAAACUACAUAUGUCAGUACCGAGAUGAAAUCUCUCAUGAAAUCCCGAUAAUGAAAUGAAUGAUUUC